UAACAGGUGUGCCGAGGAAGACAAUUAUUUUGAAAGGUGUGUCUGGAAGUCGUGUGUAUGACACUGGCUAGCUUGACGCUGCUAGCCAAACCUCAGAAUGGACCCGACGAGGAAAAGCCGUUAGUUUGUAGAGAAGAAACUGUGACCGUCCAUGUCUUGUCUACAAACAUCAACACGCUGACAAAGUUAUUGGCAGCAAUGUCGAGAGAAAACACCACCCGAAGUUUGGACAGUAUAGACCUCGCUGCUUUAAGAGAUCCUGCAGGUAUCUUUGAGUUGGUGGAGGUGGUUGGCAAUGGAACCUAUGGUCAAGUGUACAAGGGUCGUCAUGUCAAGACGGGCCAGCUGGCAGCUAUCAAAGUCAUGGAAGUCACAGAGGAGGAAGAAGAGGAGAUAAAGCUGGAGAUCAACAUGUUGAAGAGUUAUUCCCACCAUAGAAACAUCGCUACAUAUUAUGGAGCUUUUAUUAAGAAAGGUCCUGCAGGACAGGACCACCAGCUCUGGUUGGUGAUGGAGUACUGUGGAGCUGGCUCAGUAACAGACUUGGUGAAGAAGACCAAGGGAAACUGUCUGAAGGAAGACUGGAUAGCUUAUAUUUGCAGAGAGGUGCUCAGGGGUCUUUCCCAUCUUCACUCCCAUCAUGUGAUUCACAGAGACAUUAAGGGACAAAAUGUUUUGCUCACAGAGAAUGCUGAAGUCAAACUGGUUGACUUUGGGGUGUCGGCUCAGCUGGACAAGACCAUCGGCAGAAGGAACACCUUCAUUGGUACUCCCUACUGGAUGGCUCCAGAGGUCAUUGCUUGUGAUGAGAACCCUGAUGCCACAUAUGACUACAGGAGUGACCUCUGGUCUUUAGGAAUCACAGCUUUAGAGAUGGCUGAAGGAGCCCCUCCUCUAUGUGACAUGCAUCCAAUGAGAGCCCUGUUUUUAAUUCCACGAAACCCUCCACCCAAACUGAAAUCAAAGAAAUGGUCGAAGCGUUUUUUGUCCUUUGUCGAUAACUGUCUGGUUAAGAACCAUCUGCAUCGACCCACCACUGACACCCUGCUGAGACACGCCUUCAUCAGAGACCUGGCUAAUGAGAGACAAGUUCGCAUCAUGCUCAAAGAUCACCUGGACAGAACCAGGAAGAAGAGAGAGAAAGAGGGUCCAGAGUAUGAGUACAGUGGCAGUGAGGAAGAGGAGGAUGAGGUCACAGAGGAAGAAGGAGAACCCAGCUCCAUAGUGAACGUUCCUGGUGAAUGGACGUUGAGACGGGAGUUUCUCCGUUUACAGACAGAAGAUCGUGAAGGAGGCAGAGAAGGAGGUCAACAAAGUGGGGGUCAACAAAGACAACAGGCUUUACAGCAGCAGAGGCAGCAGUUGGUGGAGCAGGAACGAUACAAGCAGCAGUUAGUGGCUGACAGGCAGAAGAGGAUUCAACAACAACAUGAGCAACGGCAAAAGUUAGAGGAUCAACAGAGACGGCAGCUGACGGACUGUGCCUUUCAGUGGGCGGAGCUUCAAGAAAUUUCUCUUGGGGAGGAGUCUGAUCUCCAUGACAACAGAGUCUUACUGGAUGAGAGAAACAGGAGGAGUGACAGGAGAGCGGACCAGGCAGGCAGAAAGCGGAGUGCCGAUGUGUCAGUAAGGCCUCUGGACUCCACAGCAGAGCAGAGAGCCGUGGCUCCAAAGCAGCUGCUUCAGAAUAAGACCCAGCACUCCCAGCCUCAGCCUCUGGCCCAGCAUCAGCAGCCCUCAUCGGGCAGAAGAUCCCACCGCACCCUGCCCAAGGACCAAACCCAGCUCCUGUCGCUGCAGCACGACCACAGACACAGGGAGAGAGAGAGGGAAAGAGAGAGACAGAGGCAGAGGGAAAAGCCUGUGGCAGCUGUCCAGAGGCUAACACCUAAUAGUGGGAACACAGCUGCUACUGCUGCUACUGCUGCUGCUGUUGCUGCUUCCUCGCCCAGUCGCCCUGCAAACAGCCAGCGCUCAGCGAUGGACUUCCAGGAAUCAAACUUAGCCAGGCUGCUUUUGGCUGCUGGUCUUCCAAGCCAGAUGCACUCGAGGCUGGGCUCUGGCAGCAGCUCUAGUCCUUGUACCCCAGCUAUGCAGAGAGCUCACAUCAACCAGAAUGCCAAUCUGCGCUCUAGUCGAGACGCCCCUCACAGCAGCUCUAUGUCAGAUAUGGCCAUUUCCCCGUUGUCUCCAUUUUCCUCCAUGUCCCAAACUGAUGAUGUCUUCUGGGACUGCACACCACCUAAAGUCCCAGAACGCACUACCUCUAAGUUUUACUGUAGAGAGCUGGUGAUGGGGCACAAGAGGGCCGCUUCAAGUGGCAGUCCAGUGUCUCCGGCAGACAAAAGUGGAAGGUCUGUGUCUCAUGGAUGCUCCUCCACCAGCAGCAACCACCCAGGUUACUUCAAGCUCGAGAGUCCUCUUCUACAGCACCGUCUGCAACAGUACAGGAACACACAAGAAAACGUAACCAGUGGGCACACACAGGGCGUAAAAUCUGCUCUCAGCCGGUUUAACAAAGCCACAGAAUACUCCUCUUCCAGUGAUGAGAUCGGUAGCAGUGAUGACGAAGACAGAAACGGUCUGUGUGCUUCAAGGUCCGGCCUGUCCAAUGGAAAAGGGAAAUUCUUCAGAGGAAUACCUGAUGGCAUUGUCCUGCAACCUCACCACAAUCUUAAUCAGAUUUCUCGGAUGGGUUCAGACGAUACCUACCUGCUGCCAGACCUUCUGCAGAAAACCUCUUCCUCCAGUCCUACCCAUAAUGCACUGGGCCAACAGCAGCAGGCACAUGAACUCAGCUACUCGCAGUCGCCCACAGCCCCUCGAUGUCCCACACAUCAGGAACUACAUGAGAGUAUGGCUGUCAGCAGUCCCACUGGUAAAAACACCUCCACAUCUUCCUCUUCCUCCUUUCUGUCCUUCAUCGAUCCAAGAUUGAUCCCCAUAUCAUCACCACCACAGAGCCCUACGGGCAGUAAGGGUGAGCCAAUCAAGAGAGAGAACCACAGGAAGGGCUCUGUGGUGAAUGUGAACCCAACCAACAUUCGACCACAGAGCGACACUCCGGAGAUCCGAAAGUACAAGAAGAAGUUCAACACUGAGGUUCUCUGUGCUGGACUAUGGGGUGUGAAUCUUUUGGUGGGGACAGAGAAUGGUCUGUGGCUGCUGGACCGAAGUGGUCAGGGGAAAGUCUACUCUCUCAUCAGCAGGCGAAGGUUUCAGCAGAUGGAUGUGCUGGAGGGACUUAAUGUACUCAUCACUAUAUCAGGUAAAAAGAACAAACUCCGCCUCUACUACCUGUCCUGGUUAAGGAAUAAAAUCCUCCAUAAUGACCCAGAGGUGGAGAAGAGACAGGGUUGGACCUCAGUAGGUGACCUGGAGGGCUGUGUGCACUAUAAAGUGGUGCGUUACGAAAAGAUAAAGUUCUUGGUGAUUGCUUUGAAGAAUGCUGUGGAAGUGUACGCCUGGGCCCCAAAACCCUACCACAAAUUCAUGGCCUUCAAGUCGUUCAGGUCCCUGCCUCAAAAACCGCUGUCUGUUGACCUGACAGUGGAGGAAGGUCAAAGGUUAAAGGUCAUCUACGGCUCCUUGUCCGGUUUCCAUGCCAUUGAUGUCGACUCUGGAACACCAUACGACCUCUACCUGCCUACACAUAUCCAGGGCUCCAUCCAUCCCCAUGCCAUCAUCAUUUUGCCAAACAGCGCUGGAACAGAGGUUCUGGUUUGUUACGAAGAUGAGGGCGUCUACAUCGACACCUACGGCCGCAUCACCAAGGAUACAGUGCUGCAGUGGGGGGAGAUGCCUGCAUCAGUCGCCUACCUUCAGUCUAACCAGGUGAUGGGUUGGGGAGAAAAGGCAAUUGAACUGAGGUCUGCCAACACAGGAAACCUGGAGGGAGUUUUCAUGCACAAAAAGGCCCAAAAACUCAAGUUUCUUUGUGAAAGGAAUGACAAGGUUUUUUUUGCCUCAGUGCAGUCGGGCGGCAGCAGUCAGAUCUACUUCAUGACUCUUGGACAGAACUCGCUGUUCAGCUGGUAAUGACUGGACCUGUGGGAUCAACUGGUGACAUCUGCCUUCAUUAUUCUGGGUUCGCCUCGUGAUGCCUUUUUUUAUUUGAGCUGACUGAUGUUGGUCUCUAUUGGCAGUUGAUCCCUGCAAGGAUCAACUAAGUACUCCUGGAUCCAUUACUCUUGUCUAGUUUCCAUGUAAAUGUGCAUGAGGUGAGUUGAUCAUGACUCCGGCUGCAGCAAAGAUGCUUGAACCCAUAACUCCAUCCUUGACUACUGAGGCCUGGAACAAUGCUUCUUCAACAGCACAAAAAUCUGGACCUAAUAUUCAGUGAAAAAGAGGAAAGGUUCGCGACCACCACACCUGACCAUGAAAGAGUUAAAAGGUACAACGACCAAUGUCAACAUCUGUAAUGUGUAAUUAGCUUUUUCACAUGCCGGAUCUCCAUAGUUAUCGGUCUUUCAGAGACUGAAAAUCGCCCCAGACCGCGAAAACUCAUUUUGGGUCCUGUUUGAUCAAAAUCCAUCUGGAUGAAAAACUGAUGACUGAUAAAUAUCUGGCCUCAAGAUUCCUCUACUCAUCUGUUAGCACUGGAGACCACAGCAUUCCUGUUCAGUUUGCUCCACGUUCAGCUCAUCUCUCCUGGAUCAGUUUUUUCUUUUUUCUAAAGGACUCCAUUGUAUCAGUUACUCAGCUAAUUAUGUGUACAUCAGUUAUUCACUCAUAUUUGAUUGCCUGGCUGUGGCGUAUUACUGGAUCCACUGCUUCCUUAUCAUCCAGACGGAGUGAAAACUAGAAGAACAAAAUCCGUUCAUCAACCUCAUUCCUUCCAAGGACAUCAUCUGGGCAUUUUAAAGACUGGGUUGGGGCCAUUUCGGGGCUAAGUAGGACAGCUACUGUAUAUCAUUCCAAAUUUUGUUGCUGUUGCUUAAAAAAUGAGGUUUUUUUGUCCAAGGUGACAGUUUUUCUGGGCCACAGUGAAUCAGUAUAAUGCCCUAUCAUCAAUCAGUAAUGUUUAAGCAUAUCCUCAGCUGUAAUUAUGCUGUCCAUGCAAACCUCAUAAGGCCAAAUGUCAGGAUUGAAAUGUACAAGACAUAGUUAGUUCUCUUAGACUUUUUAUCAGGUCAUUCUGUUCCUAAUUAUGAACAGUAAGUCAUAUUUUUUCUCUGCUUAGCUUGAAAUCAGUUGCCAAUUAAGCAAAAAAUACUCUCUUGGGAUUGCUUGGGACCAGUCCUCUUCAGUUUCAGUUUGAGCAUUCACGCUAUCACAUAUCUGGACCAUUUUAUUUUAGUCUUAUUACUAUAUAAUAAGGACCUGAAGAGCCUUUUACUCUACAGUAGGAGCCAUAAUUCUGGUGGACAGUAUAAAGGGUGUACACAAGUCCACUUUAAUAGGCAAUGAAUGCUUUUCUGUUUUCUUGCAUCUGUUUUGUACAGCUUAGGAUGUAUAUAAUCUUGUACGAAGCACUGUUUUCUAAAUAUUAUAUAAUUGACAAGCCAUCUUUAUGUAUGUGUACAGAAUUAUAGGCUUAUGAAUGUGAAAUUCCAUCCCAAAACAGAGUUUAUACAUGUUAUGUCCACGAUCUUAAAAGGUUUGUGAAUAUGGACAUGAGCUACUGACAGUGAACUUGAAGGCUCAUGUUCAAGUUUACCAACCUGACCUGAAGUGUUUAAGAUCAGAUAAUGCAUCAUGUGAAUUCUGUUUUGUGGUUGAUUUUCUCCUAACAUGUAUAAGUCAGGCUCUUUGCACAAUGGCCACCUUGUACAUGUUUUCUGUAAUAUAUCACACUUUGGAAUGAUUUCUAUGUUUCAAAGUGGGAAACAUUUAAAGCCAUUCUGCAGUCAGUAUUGAAGAGAUUACUGCUAGCCUUUGGCUUUAGAUCUGUAUCUUACACUACCCAACAUGGGACGCACACUUGUUUUUGAUGGGUCACCUUGAGAAAUUUUAUUUUUUUUGACCCUGGAUCUGAAGCGAUGCAAUGACUCGGGCUGAAAAAAUGUAAAAAUGCCCGGUUGUAUAAUAUGUAGUUUGUUUAUAUGUUUUGUCAUUUACACAAUGAGCUUCAAAGCAAGAAACCAAAGAUCAAGGCUUUGAUGUUUUGGCUUCCUUGAAUCUAACUGUGUGAGAUACUUAAGAUGCUUACAAAUCACAACUGACCAUUUGAUUUGACGUUUGAAUACUGUUGGAAAGAUAAAGAGUUGACAGAAAUCUUGCAAAACUUACGUACUUUGGGGAAUAUUAUUAUGUAUAGUACAAAAGAUGCCAAUCAACAAAUCAACCUGCAAAAUCUCCCAGGACUGAUGUGUCUUGCUAGCUCACAACAAAAUAUAUGCAAGUUAAUGUUGCUAGCGUUAUUAUAUUUAAUAGCCUAUAUGUAUGUUUUAUACAGUGCUUGGUUUGGUAAAAGUGAAGAAAUAAUUGGUUUUUACCUUCAAAUGUGAAUUUGCGAUUUGUUUAAUUAUGAUUCAUUUUCAUUAUGUCAUGUUUUCCCUUCAUCAGAUUUAGCUUAAACAGCUAACGUAGUUACAUUAUUCUCUAUAUUGUAUUUACUCUUGAGUUUUGUGGCCAUCAGAAAUUGCGCCAAAUGUUUUAUAUUCAGUGACACUUUUUAUUAUGGUCUUGAUAGAGAUAUUACAGCUGGUUCUGUGAGAAUAAUUUAAACUGGAAAAUUAACUUUCUGAUAAUGACUGUCUUGUUGCUAAGUUGCUACCAACACACCGGACCAGAUAGCUAGUUAACAUGGCUACAGUGUGAGGAAAUACAGGAAUGUAAAAUAAUUUUGACAGGCUAAUAGAUGGAGAACUGCUAGCUAACUUGGGCUAAUUGUUUCAGAACUAUGCGAGCUAAGCUAACUUGCUUGAAUGAUAUACAGAGAUUCUAAGUAGCAUAUGGCUAAGAUAAUAGUGAAUCUUGGCUGGCAAGCUAACAGUAGCUCAGCUGUGUAAAGUUUCCACACAAGAUACACAAUAUGACUGAACUAUUUUUCACACACUUUUGUAUCGUUUCAAUUAAAACUCUUCACCCUUCACAAAUAGAUUUUACUCCUAUAAUCCUAUAAUUUCUGUCUGGAGCAGGACAUAUUAUAUGUAGAAUAAGGCACUGUGCUAGUUUGUGAUCAGAUUUGGUCGGGUCUGGUCAGGAUCCUGAGCAAGACCCUGACCUUUAGAGUCCAAAUAGGACAAAAGACCAGACUAAAAUUAGUCCUGAACUACCACAGUGGUUCCAUCAUCUGUCCACUGCACAGGAAGUAGCCUGUAUUCGCUGCACCCUUCUUUUCAAAGCAAUCUGGCCACCAACAGUACACGUAGUGCUAGAAAGCACAACAAGCUAAUUAAAUUAGUUCUUUUAUUAACUAGCUCUUUGAUAGGUCUAUUUAAUUCUUGCUAUUUUCCAGUUGUCAAGAUGAGAAUUUGUAUGAAUGUUAAUUACAAUUUAGUUUCAAGACCCUACUAUUAAAAUCAAUAAUGUAUUUGUUUGAAUACCACUGAUAUAAUUGAUUAUAAUUAUAUUAUAAUUACAGAUUUUAUCAUGCGUUGAGAGACUUUAACCUGUUCUUUAAUUUAGUCCGCUUACCACCCUUAUACUGUGCAGUUUUGGGUUAUGUUGUUUGUCAUGUUAAGAAAACAAGUCUAUUUUCUCUGUACUGUUUUACACAAAACUCAUUAUGGUAAAAACUGUCAUUACAUUACACUUAACAUUUUCAAUGAUGAGUAUGUUGUGUUUUUUAAUUGGUAUCUUUCUUCAUCCUGCUUCAAGAAACAGCACAGAAAGGAGCUCUUGUACAAGCUAAACAGAGCCAGUGUCACACCUAAUGAUGUGUGCUUAUCUGGGUUUAUCCAGUGAGGAUAUUUUUGUGAAUUAUUAGGUCCUAACUUCUCGGUCUUCUCCUGCAUGUGCUGCACAUUUGACUGUAGCUCUAUCUAUAAUGGGAAAUAGAGAGAGAGAGAGCAGUGCACUUCCUCCUACACCUUCCACUGGUUAAGGUGAUGACAGAUUCUGUUUCAGGCUCGCUGUGACUCACUUCUCCAGCUCUCCCACCAACUCUUUUUCUCUCACUUUGUCAACACAUCUCUUCUCUCAGCUGCCUGAUAUUCCCUCUGCCGCUUUUGCUCAGUUCCUCCUCUACCUAUUUUUCUUCUUCUUUCUCCUUUCUAGCAUCUCUCAGCGUCCUUCAGCUCUUUGUUCUCAUGUCUCAUGUCGUUUCCAUUGUCUCUCAUUCUCUCAUGUCAAGUCUCUCCAUCCACCCCCAGCGCAGCUGAAAGGCUUAUUCAGGAAAUUUUGGAUAGUGUCACUAGAUUGGCCGGGGGUGGGAGAGUAUUUUUAUUGAAUUACUGUUACUUUCAUUCAGUCACUUCAUGCGGGAGUUGAGGUGUGAUGCAUGAGGCAAAGGAGACCACACUUUCAAAAAUGCAGUCAUAUGAUAAAGGCAAUCAUGCAGUCUAGAUAUUAUGUUCUACAAGCCUUAAUGAUGCAUAUUGUGCUAUGUUUCUGUCGUAUUUCUUUGCUGCUGCUUAGAUCAGAUUCUUUCCUUUGAAUCACAACAUUGUCCAUCUAUAUCACAAAAACAUUUUUGCAUAAUUUACCAAUUUAAGAGCAUCGCAAAAACCACGGAACUGGCCCAAUUCUCUUUUAUUUUGCAUUUAUUGCUGUUUGUUGAAGUGGGAUGUUCCCUUAAAGCAAGAUUAUGUAAUUUGUGGAAGAUACAUAAUAGUGGUAAAAGCUUAACCAUAGCGUAACAGUAGCACAGGUAAAAAAGAGUAAUAAAGUUAGUAAACCCGACUCAUGCACUCAAGUUUUCUAACCAUAAGCUACUAGUCAUACCAAACAAGUAAGGCUGUAGAGAAAAAACACCUGAGUGUAUUGACUUGAUCAAAAGUAUAUUUUAUCACUUAUUAAUUAAUCUUUAAAUUUGUAAGAGAAUGUGUGAUUCCUUUUUCAAAAGUUACAUAGUUUUGAUUUAAGUGCUACAACUGUUACUUUGCAGCCUGUGUAUGAGAGAGAGUCUGGAUGAGCUGUGCAGAAAGUGUUUGUUUGUGUGGGAGGGUGUGAUGCAGAUUGUGAACAGGUGCUCAGUAAACCGGAUAGUCUGCAGGGGAAGGAAAAACAGAGUUAGAGGAGGUGGCUGGUGGCUUGAGUCAGGUGUCACCCAAUAGAAGGAAAAUGGAUGUUGCUUUAAAACCCAAAUCCACACUUUAAAAACUUUGAAGAGGCUCUGACCUUAAAAAAUUGAAAUACUAUAAUCUUCAAAACAAAAACUAAAUUUACGAAAAAGGUGGAAAAAUGUUGUUGAAAAUGAAUCCAUUUAUUUAAUGAACUAAUGGAGCUAGUGAUGGAUCCAGUGUUUCAACAGAUGGCACCAGACUGGAUUGAGAAUUUAUAGAUACUGAUGGUUCUGAUGAGGAGAGGGAGGAAGAGGAUGUGAGGAUGUUAUAGAGAGCGGCAGUGAUCACGAUGAAUAGCCUUUUUAGGUUUACUCACACUUAUCCAUUGGCCAAAUUAAUCUUCCAGAACCAAUAGGCCGAUAGCGAUCUUUAAUAGAACAGUAUUGUCUGUUGAUGUGUGAUAUUUUCCAAAAGUUGAGAUUUCGCCAACAAUUUACAACUACUGUCAGUAUUUUGAGGUUAUCUUCAGUGUAGACACACAUGACAAUUAUGUCGAAAAUUCAAAGAAGUUGAGAUUAUAUAAGACCAAAUGUUAUAUAGAUAUAUAUUCAAGAAAAUAUUUUUCCCUUAGCCAUUUCAUUUUAUUUCUGUACCGCUGUAAAGAUGAUUCUUUUGUUACUUUUUUUUUGCACUGGACCUGUGUUUGAUGCAUCAUAUACUGUACCCUUCCUGCUUUGAGAUGAACACACACUAACUUGUGUUUCCAUGUAAAGACGCAAAAGACAGUGAGAUGACAAUAAAUAAAUGUGUUGAAUUGA